ACUCGAACUAAGCAUCAAUGUCCACAAACGAAUCGAUUUUCUUAAAUAAAACGGUGACAGUUUCGCCACUUGUGCUUUUGUCUGUGGUUGACCACUUCAACAGAGUAGCCCAAGACUCUAACAAGCGUGUGGUUGGUGUUUUACUCGGAGACAAUUCAUCAGAUACGAUUCGUGCCACCAAUAGUUACGCUAUUCCAUUUGAAGAAGACGACAAAAAUCCUGGAGUAUGGUUCUUGGAUCACAACUUCAUCGAGAGUAUGGGAGAGAUGUAUAAGAAAAUCAACGCCAAAGAAAGAUUAAUUGGAUGGUAUCAUUCAGGCCCGAAGUUAAAGCCUAGUGAUUUGAAGAUUAAUGAUGUGUUCAAGAAGUAUACCACCAACCCUUUACUUUUGAUCGUUGAUGUGCAACCUCGUGAGUCUAUUGGUAUACCCACUGACGCCUACUAUGCAGUUGAUGAUAUCAAGAAUGAUGGAUCUGCUGCAGAACGAACUUUUAUCCACGUACCUUCUAUUAUCGAAGCUGAGGAAGCUGAAGAAAUCGGGGUGGAGCAUUUACUCAGAGAUAUAAGGGAUCAAGCUGCUGGGUCUUUAUCAUUGAAGGUGACCCAGAACUACCAAUCCCUUUUGGGAUUACAUCAAAAAUUGGCAGACAUUUCUAAAUACUUGGACAAGGUUUACAAACAGUCUUUACCAAUAAACCAUACGAUUUUGGGUAAGUUACAAAACGUUUUCAACUUGUUACCUAACUUAAACGAGGGCUCGAUGAUGGAGGCCGGAAAUGACCCCAAAAAUUCCACCAAUCCCUUGAACACCGCCUUCACGGUGAAAACGAACGAUCAAUUGAUGAUGGUUUACAUCAGUACCUUGGUGAGAAGUAUUAUUGCUUUCCAUGAUUUGAUUGAAAACAAAUUGGAAAACAAAAUGUUGAACGAAGGGAAGACCGUGUAGAUUCGUAUACUAAAUUAUCACUAUAAAUACUAAUACAUCCUCACACCCAAUGUCUCCUGAGU